AUGUGCUGCGUUAUCGACAUUGGCCCUGACCGUUUCCUGGACCGCGCCCCGGAGCUGUACAUCCGCCCGCACGAAUACGACGUUGAUGGCAUCGCCGAGCGUCUCUGGGCCAAAACUGAUGACCCUGACUAUGAAAAAAUCGCCCUGCGGCGCCAUUCUUGGUCGGCAGCCAAUCGUGAUCGAAUCGUGGCCUCAAUCGACCUGCUUAUGGACGAGUUAUGCGAGCGAGCUGGCGUCCGCCCGAUGGAUCUCCCUCCGCCGGUGACCGAUUGGCUGCUUUUGGAAGGAUAUGGGCCCUCUCAGCCAGGCGCAAAGUCUCCAGCCAUCACGCUGUCCAGCGGUUCUUCCAAUUAUUCGGUGGUCUCCUGGAGCGGUGCAACGAAUAAAGACGACCCGAAAGAAGAGAACUGGGUGGACAAUGAUGGCUUUUCAAAAAUUACGCCUGGGCUCUGGAUUGCGCCGGCUCUACGCUCGCAACCGCCGAAUGAAUCUUUUCCGGGUGCUGGAGACUUUGAGGCUGCCCCGAUUGAGACGGUCGAAGAUACGGUGCAGUCGAUUCCCCCAUCUUGGAAAGAAGUUGAUCUGCUGUCGCUUGAUGUCGGGGCGCUGAACUAUUGCUUGAACAACCCGGACCACCUGCGUGCCGAUGCGAUAGCCAAGGAUCCCGAGCAGGAGAAGCAAGAGAUGGAGGAUGGCAUUUGCGCCCAGCUGAUUACCGCAUUCCCAUUCGAACUUGUGACAAAAGUCCUUCGAGAAAAUGUUUCGCGAAACGUGGAGGUGCUGGCGAAUUUGUGCGCCGAGCUCAUC